AUAUAUAUAUAUAUAUGGAGCUUGGUAUUGCUUAAAGUUUAGUCUUAAUCUGCUGUGGAAUCUGGCAGUUAUUUGGUGGUAUACAGAGAUAUAUGGAGCAAUUUCCUGAUGGUGGUUUCUUUAAAGGAAAAAAUUUUGUCUUUGAUCACAGGAUUUCUGUUGGAAGUCAGGACAAGGAUGUGCUCGGAACCUGUCUUAUAUGUGGUUCUCCCUUUGAUGAUUAUUCAUCUCGUUGUCGGUGUUUCUACUGCAGAAUGUUGGUUUUGGUUUGCUAUAAUUGUCAGGGCAAUUAUAGAGGAAGAUACAUAUGUGAGCUGUGCCAGAAACACGACAAUGUAGAAAAGCCCGUUCCUCUUGUGCAAAAUAGUCAGUUGCAUCAGGAACUCUCACAGGAGUCAUUUGAUGUUACUGAGACUGAAGCAGAAACUUCACAUGAUAGCAGUGCAAAGCCUUGUCGUGAACACUCUACUAUAUCAGUUUUUGAUCGCCGCAGGAAGCUAAGAAUCCUGUGUUUGCAUGGCUUCCGACAGAAUGCUUCAAGUUUUAAGGGAAGAACAUCAUCACUGGCCAAAAAACUCAAGAAUAAUGUCGAGUUCAUCUUCAUUGAUGCUCCUCAUGAAUUACCAUUUAUUUAUCAACCAACUGAACAACAAAUUUCUCCUGUACUCUUGGAGAAGUGCAAGAAAAGAUUUGCAUGGCUCAUUUCUCCUAAUUCAACAUCAUCGGAUGAAAAAGAACAACAGUUUGAUCCUUUUCAGUAUAAAAUGCAAACUGAAGGAUUUGAACUGUCAUAUUCUUACCUACAAGAUGUGGUCUUAAAAAAUGGUCCGUUUGAUGGAAUCCUUGGAUUCUCUCAGGGAGCAGCCAUUGCUGCUUUGUUUCUUGAGCAGCAGCAAAGAAGUGGCCAAGUAUCUGGUCUCCGAUUUGCCGUUCUCUGCUCUGGGUUUUCUACUGUAUCUAGCAAGUCCGUCGGAGGAUUUAUCAAAUGCCCAUCUCUGCAUAUUUUUGGUGAUGGCAGGGGAAGAGAUAGGCAGAUUAACUGUGAAGUUAGCAGGGAUCUUGCUGACUUGUUUGAUAAAAAUAGUUCAGUAACCAUCGAGCAUGAUAUGGGUCAUAUUAUUCCCACUAGAUCACCUUAUAUUGAUCAAAUAAAGGCAUUUCUUCUGUCUUUCCUCUGAUUUAUUGUUGAAAUAUACUAAUCCUGUGUAAUUUUAGUCUUAUUUUGUUUUGCUUGGAGAAGGAAAUCAAGCAUUCUAAGGUGUAAUGCUAAAUUUCCAAGCUUUAGCAAUGCUUCUUGUAAGUAUAAUCUGCUGCAAAAUUGAUGCGAGUUAAAGAAGUUACAGUUAUAUAUGUUUUGUAUGAAUUUCUUUAUUUUUUUUA